UAAAAAGAAAUGUUCAUUUGCCAUCGUCAGACGAUUUGGAGAACACAUUCGAUUUCAUCGAUAAACAUUGAAUAUGGCUAUUAAACAACUUAUACUGUUCUGCUGCAUCGCAGUUACUGUUUAUGCAUCAUCACAAUAUUCUGUAGGAAAGGUGACAAAAUGCGAAGGACAGCAAAUCGAUAUUCGGUGCGGAAAUCAAGAAAUUAACAUUCUGUACGCCCGGUAUGGAUCACCAAGCUAUGGAGAUUGUGGAGCUAGCCACUAUUUUCCAUCAAACUGUGAAGCUGCGAAUUCGUUAGCAGUUGUACGCCAGAAGUGCCAAGGCAAGAAGAACUGCUGGGUUAAGGCUCAUAACGAUGUGUUCGGAGAUCCUUGUGUGGGUGUAAGGAAGUCAUUGACGAUCCAUUACACUUGCGUAGACUAUGAAAUAGUUGGAGCUUGUGAAGGAAAACAAAUCGAUAUUCGAUGUGGAUCUGGCAAAACGAUCAAUAUCCUUUACGCUAUCUAUGGCGCAAACUUUGGCAGCUUGUGCACCAACAGCUUUGACCCGUGGAACGCGGCAUGCUACGCCAGGAAUUCAUUCCAAGUGACGAGAAAUAAAUGCCAAGGAAAGCAGAACUGCUGGGUGAAGGCUCACAACGAUGUAUUCAAUAGGGUCUGUCGCGGCCGUCCUCAGCAUGCCCUUGACGUCCACUACAGAUGCGUCAGAGGACAACUUGCUUUCGCUUGUGAAAAUAAGCAAGUUGAUAUUCGAUGCCCAUCGGGUACUACUAUCAACAUCCUAUCAGCUUUCUACGGACGAAACAACCAACAAGGCUGCCGCAAUCCAAUCCAGCAGACUCGAUUUGGACUGAUCAUCAGGAGUCCGUGUAGUGCUACCAACGCACUGCAAGUCGCUAAGAAUGCCUGCAACGGAAAACAUAAUUGUUGGAUAAAAGCCCGUGAUAACGUAUUUAAUAUUCCUUGUCAAAACGGCCCUAAAAAACACCUAGAGGUAGAGUUCGAAUGUAGAAAACAUUAAAAUAAAUAUAAUGCAGCUAAAAACGCAACCACAGAGGUAUUCUAUACUGUACCUUUGGCUGCAGUGGCUAUUACGGCAAACCGUAUCACACAUAAACAUUAUGUAGUGAUGAAGGCCUAAGUUAACAACAAAUAAAGAGAGCAUUUUACUGUAUAUGUACUUGA